UCCAAGGCAGACCCGGAGGGCUCGGCCCGGGCUUCCGCGGCGGAGGAAAUGGCUUCUAGCCCGCUGCCAGGGCCCAACGACAUUCUGCUGGCAUCGCCGUCGAGCGCCUUCCAGCCUGAAGCGCUGAGCCAGCCGCGGCCGGGCCACGCCAACCUCAAACCCAACCAGGUGGGCCAGGUGAUCCUCUAUGGCAUUCCCAUCGUGUCGUUGGUGAUCGACGGGCAGGAGCGCCUGUGCCUGGCACAGAUCUCCAACACCCUCCUCAAGAACUUCAGCUACAACGAGAUCCACAACCGUCGUGUGGCGCUGGGCAUCACGUGUGUGCAGUGCACGCCGGUGCAGCUGGAGAUCCUGCGGCGCGCCGGGGCCAUGCCCAUCUCGUCGCGCCGCUGCGGCAUGAUCACCAAGCGUGAGGCCGAGCGCUUGUGCAAGUCGUUCCUGGGCGAAAACAGGCCGCCCAAGCUGCCCGACAACUUCGCCUUCGACGUCUCUCACGAGUGCGCCUGGGGCUGCCGCGGUAGCUUCAUCCCCGCGCGCUACAACAGCUCCCGCGCCAAGUGCAUCAAAUGCAGCUACUGCAACAUGUACUUCUCACCUAACAAGUUCAUCUUCCACUCCCACCGAACGCCCGACGCCAAGUACACGCAGCCAGACGCAGCCAACUUCAACUCGUGGCGCCGUCAUCUCAAGCUCACCGACAAGAGCCCCCAGGACGAGCUAGUCUUCGCCUGGGAGGACGUCAAAGCCAUGUUCAACGGCGGCAGCCGAAAGCGCGCGCUGCCCCAGCCCGGCGCGCACCCCGCUUGCCACCCGCUCAGCUCGGUUAAGGCGGCCGCCGUGGCAGCGGCGGCUGCGGUGGCUGGAGGCGGGGGACUACUGGGUCCGCACCUGCUGGCAGGCGCUGUGUCCGGUGCAGGGGCCGCGGCCACCGGCGCGGGCCCCGCGGGAGCCCGAGUGCCCGCACCCCACCAUCCACACCUCUUGGAGGGGCGCAAGGCGGGCGGAGGCAGCUACCACCAUUCAAGCGCCUUCCGGCCGGUGGGCGGCAAGGACGACGCAGAGAGCCUGGCCAAGCUGCACGGGGCGUCAGCGGGAGCGCCACACUCGACUCAAGCGCAUCACCACCAUCACCAUCACCAGCCGCACCACCACCAUCACCAUCACCCUCCGCAGCCGCCGUCACCGUUGCUGCUACUGCCCCCGCAGCCCGACGAGCCGGGUUCCGAGCGUCACCACCCGGCCCCGCCGCCGCCCCCGCCCCCGCCGCCCCCGCUGGCCCUGCAGCAGCACCACCGAGGCCUUCUGUCCCCCGGGGGCACCAGCUGCAGCUAUCCCAGCGAGGACAGCUCCGAAGAGGAGGACGACGAGGAAGAAGAGCAGGAGGUGGACGUGGAGGGCCACAAACCCCCCGAGGGCGAAGAAGAGGAGGAAGAGGGUCGAGACCCGGACGACGACGAGGAGGAAGACGAGGAGGCGGGGGUCCUGCUAGGGGAUCCCUUAGUCGGGGGCGGCCGGUACCUCCAGGGCCGGGGGCUGUCAGAGAAGGGGAGCAGCCGGGACCGCGCACCCGCCGCAGCCGGCGCUUUUCCACUCGCCGUGAACUCCUCCAGGCUGCUGCAGGAGGACGGCAAACUAGGCGACCCCAGCGGCUCAGACCUGCCCCUGCCCCCGCCCCCGCCCCCGCCUCUGGCCUCCCAGAAAGCUGGCGGCGGCGGUAGCAGCAGCCCGGGCAGCCCGGUCCACCAUCCAUCACUGGAGGAGCAGCCCUCCUACAAAGAUAAUCAGAAAACUAAGGAAAAUAACCAAGUUAUUUUGCCUACAAAGGAUGACAGCAACUUUUCAGAUAAGAACAAGGACCAUAGCUUUUUCAUCACAGACUCUGAUGCUUCCGGAGGAGAUUUUUGGAGAGAAAGAUCAGGUGAACACACACAAGAAACAAAUUCACCUCAUUCACUCAAAAAGGAUGUUGAAAAUAUGGGGAAAGAAGAACUUCAGAAGGUUUUAUUUGAACAAAUAGAUUUACGGAGACGACUAGAGCAAGAAUUCCAAGUGUUAAAAGGAAAUACGUCUUUCCCAGUAUUCAAUAAUUUUCAGGAUCAGAUGAAAAGGGAACUAGCCUACCGAGAAGAAAUGGUGCAGCAAUUACAAAUUAUCCCCUAUGCAGCAAGCUUGAUCAGGAAAGAAAAGCUUGGUGCCCAUCUCAGCAAAAGCUAAAAGGUGCCCAGAACCACUUACUCUUGUUCUCUUGUAAGAUACAGACUGCCACUGAGCACUUCUGACCCACAUAAAGACUGCGAAUUGAAAGGGCUUGGGAAUCAAAUACAAAAUCAGGUUCGGGAGAACCCAAGGACAAGUGACCUCAAAGCAGCAUGGACAACCAUGUAAAAUAGACUGUAGCGGCCAUUCAUUAGUGGGGGGAGGGGGGAGCCAACCAGAGCAGUCAAUGCUUGUCGCAUCUUUUGGUGGAACCAAAGUUUGAGUCUUUGUGUUUUUCAAGGCCAACUGGACCCAGAGCGUGGGAGUGCCGUUAGCCAACCAGGGUGGGAAAUCCGUGGACGGUCCCAAGUGAGCUCAGGGCUGUACACUCGGAGAGAGCAGCUCUGCAAGACUGUCUUUCACAUUUAAGUCGUGAUUCUUGGAAGAAACACAAGACCCGUCCUAGGAGUGGGGAUCACGUUUCAACAGCUGGGUCGGCAUCAGCCGUACAAACCUGCUUCUCACAACAACCUGGACAGACUUACACGUGGCCCCUUCCUCUCUGGUACUUUGCCUGCUGUAUGAAUGAAGAUUGUAUUCCUCUGGAAAUAUUUUACAGUUUAAUAUUGAGUGUAAUUAAGAAUAUAAUCAUGUUAUCAAAAAUGG